UAAUUUUUAAUUAUUGUCACGUAUUAAUAAUAAAGAAAAAUAUUUAAAAUAUCAUGGGAAAUGAGCCGGAAAUCAGUGGAUUUUUCCGUUCGAAUUUAUUAGCGGUAAGAAAAGCAAUUCGCCAGCAAGAUUUCAAGAAAUUUUCCGCCUUCGAAUCGGAUGCUGAGAGGGUAGCUUUUGUUUUGAGUUAUACCGAAGCACAUGAAUUACCACUGGAGAUAGAGAAGCCUAUGGUCAAAGACCGUGACAGUGCUAUUCGAUUGAAAGAUAUCGGAAACAAAUUUUUUGGUCGCGGUGAAUUCACGAAGGCCUUGGAAACGUAUUCGAAUGCAGCUCUUUUAGCGCCAUCAACAGAAUUGAGUAUCAUUUUGGCAAAUCGCUCGGCCACAUUGUAUCACCUGGAGCGUCAUGAAUAUGCGUUGGAGGACAUCGAAGAAGCCUCACUACUCGGUUACUCGAAGGACCUUAUAUAUAAACUUGAAGAGCGACGAGCUAGGUGUUUAUUGGGUCUGAAAAGGCACGAUGAGGCAAUCGAGGCAUUUAGGCGGGCUCUCCAGGCCUUGGAUGAUGCCAGAAUACCUUUGAAAUGUAGGCAGAAGUUCGAGUCGGACAUCAGGAUGAUGCUCGCGGUGAUGGAUAAAGGUAAACGACUCAACGAAGCCGCUACAAAGAAUCCUUCGCGAAUUUUUAACAAGCAAAAGUCCAACGCGCGUUUGGAGGAUAGACUUAUCCCCAAGAAGGAGAGGAAUCCCGUAUAUCCCGCCUGCAGUAGAGCGGUGGAAAUUAAGGAUGAUGGAGGUGACAUAGGUAGACACGCCGUGGCGACCAGGAAGAUAAUACCUGGCGAAAUCGUGAUCGUUGAACGACCGCAUUGUGCAUUUCUGUUAGCAGAGACCAGGCUCACACAUUGCCACUUGUGCUUCGUGAAGAUAUUCGUGCCAACACCGGCGGCUUGUCGCACCUACAGCUGCGUCGCGUAUUGCAGUCGCCGUUGCAGAGAUGCGGAUGCCCAAGUGCACUCGCAGGAGUGCAAAUUGUUACCGGCCCUGUGGUACUCGAAAGCCUCGGUUACGUGUUUCCUGGCCCUAAGGGCGAUUACACAGAGACCUUUCGAAGAAGUUAUGAGGCUGAAGGAACAGUUUAGGGAUCCCGGAAGUGCGUUAAAGAUCUCCGCGGAGAAUCCAUAUCGAGGAGACGAUUACAUAAAUACCUUCUACAAUUUAGUUACUCAUGAAGACAGAAGAUUGCCAGAAGAUAUUUUUCACAGAGCCUACAUGGCAACCUGGUUAUUCAGAUUGUUAAGAUCCAGCAACUACUUGCCGGAAAAUGUAAAAACCGCCGAUUCAGCGGACAGUAGAUUGUCAGAUGAGGAAUUGUUUAUCGCAGGAUUGUUAUUACACAAUUUACAAUUAUUGCAAUUCAACUCCCAUGAAAUUUCAGAACUGGUAAGACUAAAAGGACAGAAGACACUUACUAAAACCAAAAGUAUGUUCAUAGGCGGUGGUGUUUAUCCUACGGUUGCAAUGCUAAAUCACUCGUGUAAUCCUGGCGUAAUUCGGUAUUUCAUCGGCACCACAAUGAUUGUUCGCGCUGUUCGCACAAUCAACGCAGGUGAAGAGAUUUCUGAAAACUAUGGUCCUAUCUUCACAACUAUGCCCGAGAGUGAGCGAAAAAGAAAAUUAAGAGUGCAAUAUUGGUUCGAUUGUAAUUGCGAAGCGUGCUCGGGACAUUGGCCGCUUCUAGAUGAAUUGGAUCCAACAAUACUCAGAUUUAAAUGUGAGACUGGACCGUCCUGUGGUAACGUGUUAAUGGUCAAAAGCGACACAAAUGAGUUCAUGAUCGGAUGUGCGAAGUGUGGUAAAAGUAUGAACAUCUUGAAGGGCUUGAAAGCUCUACAGGAUACGGAUGCACUUUUCAAAGUCGCGUCGAUGAAUCUCGAAGAAGGCCGAAAUGAGCACGCACUGAAAGCAUAUCUUGAGAUUUUGAAGUUACUGGACGAGAUUCUAGUAUUGCCCAUAAGAGAUUAUCACAUCUGUCAGCAGGGGGUCAGAUUAUGCUCUCUUGCUUUAGGCAAUACAGCUUAUAUCUAGUCUCAUCAUGAAUAUAAAAAAAAUUAUACAAAUUUACGUAGAAUCUUUCUACGUAAUUUACGUAGAUUCUUUAUAACAAGUUCGAUUAAUCUUAAGUAACUGUCUUAAAUCUUUCAUCAGAAUGUUUACAAAGAUAUCGAGAACCUUAUCGAAGAUUAAAAAUAGAAAACAAUUUUCUUUUAAAAUCUUUCCUUAAAAAAAAAUCAAACUUGCAUCACAAUAAUUUUUUUGUGUACACGCAUAUACAUUCACAUACAUAAAUGCAUAUUUAUAUUUAUGUAUUUAACUUUUGUAAUACUAAGAUGUCGUUUUUUUAUUAUUAUUCAUUACUGACGCGAAGAAAGAAAACAGUCGUGCAAAUUUCUUGUCAUGUUCGCAUUACACAGAAAAAAGUCAAUUUGGCUGAAAAUUUCACACAUUUAUUUAUUAUCAUUCACAAAUUUCUUUGUCUUGUCAAAUUCAAGUACAAAGUCAAGUACAAAGUAAUUAAAACAAGUUUUGCUCUCUUCCCAUCCUUCCUUCAAAUUUAAGUAUUAUCUAAUAUUCAUUGAUAACUAUUAAUUAAUGAUAAUAACACUAAGGAACACAUUUUGCAACACGAGUAUAAUCAUUUCCAAUGUAUUUUUACAUGCUAAAUCCAUUGGCUAUCAAGUUGACGUUUUGCGUUGCUUGCACUUUUCGCAUUCAGCAUCUGUGCUUUCUCUCUUUUCUAUGUCCAAAUAUAUUUAUCAAGUGCAAAAAUUGUUAGAGUUCAAGGUUGAUAAAAAACAUGUUUUACACAGUUUAAAACAUGUUUAAUUAAUAUUUGUAAUGUUUUAAAUGUUGUUCUCAUAGUACUGUUUAAAGCAUAUUUGAAGUAUUAAAAAUAUAUUACAAAGAAACAAUGUUUUAGUCUAUUAAAAAAAAAAAAAAGAAAAAACCCACCUCACAAAAACAAAAAAAAACAUUAGUCUUUAGCAAUCCUGUUAAAAACUUUAACUUUAAGCAAUUUCAAACAA